GUCCAUGAAUUUGUAUUCUAGGAAAUAGAGAACAUCCUACUUCAUGAUUUCCUGGAGGAGGUGCCUGUGCAACACAUGAAGUUAAUCAGAUUGUUCUGCAAAAAUGUUGAGAUUUGGCUGCUUAAUGCUUUGAAAGACUUCCCAUUACCGCUCCAAACAUCCAAAUCUAAAGAACUUACAGUGUUUAUAAAAAGACUCAGGAGAAAGACAGACCUUUCUAACAUGGCCAAGACAAUGAGAACAGUCUUGAACAGCAACAGCAAAGUCACUGUUCUGCGAUCAGACUUGCAUGCUGUCAUGAAUCAGGGAUUUCUGGAUGUGCCCGGAAACCUCUUUCAAAUGAAGUUUAGGAAUCCGGAGGAGCUGCAGAACGACAUAGAACUCAAAUGUCUGAACGACUUAAUGUCUUUUCUGGCACCUUCCACAGAUAUUCGGGUUCUCCUGAACUGCGUGUUUUCAAAUCUUCAGGCUUUUGUCAUUCAGCCAAGCAGGAGUAAAGAGGAGUUUAGAAAACUGGCAUCAGAUUUCCAGCUGAGAUGGAACUUCCUACUGAGCGCAGUAAGCAAGGCUAUGACCCUCAACUAUGCAGACAGUUUUGGAUCCUGGCAUUUGUUUAAUUUGCUACUCAUGGAUUUUGUAGCUCACGUUUUCCUCUGCUAUAUAGAGGAGGAGGGAGAUGAAAGUUUCUGGGUCACAAAGCAAAAUGAGUCCCCUGUUCUGUGGGUUUAUGAGCCCAGCCAUCUCUGGGGCUAUUUUGCAGAGGAGCAACCUCAAGCCAAUGCUCCACAGACUGCUCUCAUAACUUUGAUGCAGAGCCAGAAUAACUUCGGAUUAAGCAACAUUUUUCCAGAGUUCUGA